UGGACCCGCAGCAACUGUACGACACUCUUCAGCGACGAUACGCCGACCAGACCUCGACGCCACCAAAACAUAUUCUAUCUUGCAGCCGCCAUAAUAAGAACCCAUGACUCUCGACGCGCCGCGCACUUAGCACUCACGCGCUCAAAAAAGAAGACUGAAAAGGAAAAAACAAAAGGAACGCAUCGCGGCCAUUGCUUCAAGCCUUGGGACCACAGGUACGUGCCCGAGCAGCUACCUAGGCAGUGACAACGCUGCGACAGAACGUUCAUCAUGUCGUACCCGGGUCCACCAGGUGUUAGCUCGCCGCACCCAUCGCUACCGCCGCGACCGCCCUCAGCGUCGACGGUCAAGAAGCCCGCCGGCGCGUCGCAGGGGCCGCCCUCGUCCCGACUCCCUUCCUUGCCUACGGCAUACGGCACGACUGCGCCCCCGGGGUACCCAGCCGCUACAGUCGCUGCGCCGUAUUCAUACCCUACUACCACGGCGCCUUUGGGCUACAACUCUCCCGCCAUCACCGCACCGCCCGCUCACUAUGGUGCCUCGCCCACUUUCUACUCGCAGCCCCCCUCCGCGGCCCCGGUGAAGUCUGCUGGCGCCUUCGGGCGUGAUGGACACAGCGGAGGCGGCAGCAGCGGCAACAAUCGUCGCGGCGGCGGCCACAACGGUGCAUACUCGGCAUACAACAACACGUUUUCGCCGACAGCGCCAGCCUACCCGAACCAGGCACCGCAGAUUAGGAACCCUUUCCCUGCGCCUGGUGUCUCAACAGCCGCUGCAGCGACCCCGCACUCGGCGGCGGGUGACGAUGCCGAGAUGGCUGCUCAGAUCGCACAGUGGCAGAGUGCCUACAUUCCCAAAAACGAGGCCGACCACAUGGCUGCCGCGGGAGGAUAUCCAUACGCGGGGGCGGACGCGCAGCAGGCACAACCGCAAUACCCACAGUACCCCCAGGCGGUAAGCGCCGGUGUUGGUGCCGAGUCGGGACAAAGCACGGAGGAGACAGCGGGCCAGGCACCGGGCCACAAGAAGACGGUAUACAGGGCCGGCGGUGGCAAGAAGUGGACCGACGACACGCUCAUGGAGUGGGAUCCGUCGCACUUGAGGAUCUUCGUGGGCAACUUGGCGGGCGAAACGACGGACGAGUCGCUGCUCAAGGCCUUCUCGCGCUGGAAGAGCGUGGCAAAGGCCAAGGUGGUUCGCGACAAGCGCAACAACAAGAGCAAGGGCUACGGCUUCGUCGCCUUCGCAGACCCCGACGACUUCUUCCAGGCGGCCAAGGAGAUGAACGGCAAAUACAUCCAGAGCCACCCCGUGACCAUUAAGAAGGCCAAGGACGACAUCGUGCCCAAGAACCUCAAGGAGGACAAGAGGAAUAACGGCGGGAAGAACAAGAGGCACGGCGGGAACAGAGGAGGCUCGGGCUCAGGGGCUGGGGCUGGGGCGGGUGCGGGAGGAGCGGCAUACGAGCCACACCUGGGCCCCGUGCGCCCCGGCGGCGUGGUCAAACCCGGACAGAAGACCAAGGGAGGCCUCAAGCUGCUGGGUUGAGCUGGUGGGUAUUCUGGCCGCUGCGUCGCGGUUCCAUGCAAGGUGCUUUUGCUGCCAGCUGGCAGAAUUGCCGCCGCGCUCGUCCACGAUACCCGGACCGUGAAAGCUUGGUAUGGCCAGGGGGCUAGAGUGGUGGGUUCUGUUGUCUUAAAAUACCAUCAACAAGGUAGAUGAUAGAUCCGGUUUGCUCAGAUGCGGGUUUGCCCUAAAUAUCUAGAUUCAGCGCAGAAAACGCAUACACUGCCCA